CAUCGCUGUGAUCAUGAUCGGUGAUGAGUCUAUAGUCUAUACGUGUCACCGAUAGUACUUGCCAUUUGUCACGUGUGUGCAUACAGGCGAAAAUUUUAAACAUUUUGAUAUUAUAUUUUGUACUAAGAUCAAUAUAAGAUCGACAUGAUGGCAGUAACAGUACUGUAUAAGUUUUGGUCCGAAUACAUAAAAAAUACACCCAAGAAACUAAAAAUUAUCGACGCCUACUUGUUGUAUGUAUUUCUGACGGGUGUUAUUCAAUUUAUAUAUUGUUGUCUCGUCGGCACUUUUCCCUUCAAUAGUUUUCUUAGUGGUUUCAUAUCCUGUGUAUCCUGUUUCAUUUUAGGAGUUUGUCUUCGUUUACAAGUUAAUCCACAAAAUAGAAGCCAAUUUCAUGGUAUAAGCCCAGAAAGAGGAUUUGCAGACUUUAUUUUUGCACAUAUUAUUUUACAUAUUGUUAUAAUGAAUUUCAUUGGAUAAGGUAUGCAAUUGGAAUAUAUAAUUAUAAUAGACCCACAGCAUCAUUUUCAAGAGCAAAUUAUGUCCAAAAUAUAAUUGUUUUCCUAUUUACUCAUUCUCAUUUGAAUAUGUCGCAAUUGAUUAAUAAAAUUAAUGAAAACAAUUA